AUAAAAAGGCCCUUGGCAGAUGGUGACAUCCAGACUCAAGGAACCUACUUCUUGACUUCCUCUGAACACUCCACUCCUGACAUGUGUUACUAUAGCAGAUACUAUGGAGGCCUGGGCUAUGGCUGUGGCUGUGGCUGUGGCUAUGGUGGCUAUGGUGGCUAUGGUUAUGGCUGCUGCCGCCCACUGUGUUGUAGAAGGUACUGGUCCUGUGGCUUCUACUGAGGAGAUUCAGCAGCUGCUCACUCUGACUUUCUUCACUUCAGAUGUCCCUAAAUAUCUUAAUCAAUUUACAAUAUCUGAGGAAUAAUAUGUGAAGUGUAGCAUGUCCACCCUGUUCUUCCUCUCUAAUUUGAUUUUAUAAAUAUUUGCAGCAAGGUUCUUCAUUCCCACCUUGUAAAAUGUGGUUUGCUUGCAUUCUUACUCAUAUGUUCUUUAAAUAAAAUUUUAGAAAUUGA